UUGCGGUGUCAAGAAAAGUCUCUUGAGUUUGAAGAUAUUAAUUUUGUAAGCUAACAAUCACUGUUUGGGGGAAACAAGAAACACAGCCAUGCAUAGAGCUUACCAYCCUAUAACCCCAGCUAAUAACAAGCUUUUGAAGCAAAGAUGGGACAACAGUAGUUACGACACGCAUCGAAAAAAGGUUCGCUCAGCUACUGCUGUGAUAGAUAAUAAACCCCCAAAAACCUACAUGCAUCUUCAUUUAAAGCUGAAGAAACUUCAGUGCGAUGAAGAACGUAACGCGACAAUCGAACGAGACAAUCGUAUUUUACUGGAAAAGAUGUCUUUUAUCAUGCGUACAAGAGGACGCGUCGAUAAUCGUAACGACUACGAGCAUAAAAGUUUAAACAAGACUAAAAGACAGCGAGAAUUACUYCGUGUCACUCACGAGAACCAGGCAAUUUUAAGAAGAAUUGCAUCUAAAGAGCCACAUUACAACCAUCUUCAGUGGGAUGAUGAAUGGGCAAUCAACGAGACUUACAUGGAUAACAUUGCCAAAUAUCCUAAAGACUGGUACAAUCAGAUGACCAAAAACAAGAAACAUUCUCGUAGUAAAUCCGAACCAGACAAAUCUUCCAAGAAAGACAAGGAAAGCAAGAAAAGGAAUUCAGUUGGUGCAGAACCUGCAGGUCAAGAAGCACCUGAAGAAGAAACAGAGGAAGUCGAGGCAUAAUAAUUUAAAUUGAAUUUUAGUGAAAUUUUAUCUUAUAAUUUACAAUAUUUCAAUAUAUGAAAAAAUAGCUUUCUUGCGGAAAUCUUUUAACGUACUGUAUUUUUAAUUUAAUAGAAACAAGAUAUGUGCUUUAAAAUGUUUUAUUUUUUCAAAUUACUGAAUUGCUACAAUUUGAAAAAAUCGUUCUAACUUCACGGUACUCCAAAUGCUUCUGACUGGAUUUGCGUUUAUUUAUUUUUUAGAAAUCGAAUAGAAAAGUGUGCUACAAUUCAAAAAACUUGUAUAAAAUAUUGUGUAAAAUUAAAAAAACGUUUGCAUCAAUG